UACUCAAACCAUCGACAAAGCAGAACAUUUAUCAUUAAAAACUGUUAGAGUGAGUUCCUGGACUUGUCUUGUGAAUCAUUGAUGAGAUUUCAACAAGUCAAACAAACAAUCCUGCAGGAGUUUGCUGGAGUCUCGUCGAGUCCUGAAGGAUCGAGUCUAACGAAGAGCCUGGCCUGCAGAUGAGCGUCAGUGAUCUCCGUCAGAUGAGCGUCAGUGAUCUCCGUCAGAUGAGCGUCAGUGAUCUCCGUCAGAUGAGCGUCAGUGAUCUCCGUCAGAUGAGCGUCAGUGAUCUGUCAUCUCCGUCAGACGAGCGUCAGUGAUCUGUCAUCUCCGUCAGACGAGGGUCAGUGAUCUGUCAUCUCCGUCAGACGAGCGUCAGUGAUCUGUCAUCUCCGUCAGACGAGCGUCAGUGAUCUGUCAUCUCCGUCAGACGAGCGUCAGUGAUCUGUCAUCUCCGUCAGACGAGCGUCAGUGAUCUGUCAUCUCCGUCAGACGAGCGUCAGUGAUCUGUCAUCUCCGUCAGACGAGCGUCAGUGAUCUGUCAUCUCCGUCUGAUGAGCGUCAGUGAUCUGUCAUCUCCGUCAGACGAGCGUCAGUGAUCUGUGAUCUCCGUCAGAUGAGCGUCAGUGAUCUGUCAUCUCCGUCAGACGAGCGUCAGUGAUCUGUCAUCUCCGUCAGACGAGCGUCAGUGAUCUGUGAUCUCCGUCAGAUGAGAAUCAGUGAUCUGUCAUCUCCGUCAGACGAGCGUCAGUGAUCUGUCAUCUCCGUCAGAUGAGCGUCAGUGAUCUCCGUCAGCCAAGAGUCAGUGAUCUGUGAUCUCCAUCAGCAUGUGGUGUUUCUCGUCAUCUACGAGGCUCUCGUCUCUUCGCAGGAGCAUCAGUGUCCCACACACAUGUACAGCGCUGAAACAGACCCUCGUCCGUCAGCACAGGUCCAGCAGUACGACCGUGGAGAAGAGCACCGAGUCCUACAGUUAUGUGAUCGUCGGAGCCGGGUCUGCCGGCUGUGUUCUGGCCAACCGUCUGUCGGAGAACCCGUCGGAGUCGGUGCUGCUCCUGGAAGCCGGACCCAAAGACAAGCACCUGGGAAGCACUCGCCUGUCCUGGAAGAUCCACAUGCCCGCCGCUCUGACCUAUAACCUCUGCGACGACCGCUACAACUGGUUUUACCACACACUGCCUCAGGCACACAUGGAUGACAGGGUGAUGUACUGGCCCCGGGGUCGGGUUUGGGGCGGCUCGUCCUCGCUCAAUGCCAUGGUGUACAUCCGGGGCCACGCCGAGGACUAUAACCGCUGGCAGCGCGAGGGCGCCGAGGGCUGGGACUACGACCACUGCCUGCCGUACUUCCGGAAGGCUCAGACUCACGAGCUCGGGCCGGACCGGUACCGGGGCGGAGACGGCCCACUGCAUGUGACCCGAGGGAAGACGGAUCACCCUCUACACCACACGUUCAUCUCAGCGGGCCAGCAGGCCGGAUACCCCUUCACCGAGGACAUGAACGGCUUCCAGCAGGAGGGAGUGGGCUGGAUGGACAUGACCAUACACAGAGGUAAGCGAUGGAGCACAGCUAGCGCUUAUCUGCGGCCCGCGCUGGCCAGACCCAACCUGAGCACAGAGGUGCGCUGCAUGGUGACGCGAGUCCUGUUCGACGGGACCCGCGCGCGAGGGGUCGAGUACCAGCAGAACGGACACACCAAACAGGUGUUUGCUGAUAAGGAGGUCAUUCUCAGUGGCGGAGCCAUAAACUCUCCACAGCUCCUCCUGCUGUCUGGAGUGGGAAACGCAGAUGAGCUUCGCAAACAUGAUAUUCCGGUGACGCAGCAUCUCCCAGGUGUGGGCUGUAAUCUUCAGGACCAUCUGGAGCUGUACGUGCAGCAUCGCUGUACUAAACCCAUCACGCUCUACAGAGCCCAGAAGCCCCUCCGCAUGCUGAAGAUCGGCCUGGAGUGGCUGCUCAAAUUCACAGGUUACGGAGCGACGGCUCAUCUGGAGAGCGGCGGGUUCAUCCGCAGUCGUCCUGGUGUUCCUCAUCCCGACAUCCAGUUCCAUUUCCUCCCCUCUCAGGUCAUCGAUCACGGACGCGUCCCGUCCCAGACCGAGGCCUUCCAGGUUCAUGUUGGACCCAUGAGGAGCACGAGUGUCGGGUGGAUCAAGCUGAAGAGUAAAGACCCGAAGGCUCACCCCAUCAUCCAGCCGAACUACCUCUCCACCGAUUCUGACGUGUGGGAGUUCAGAGAAAGCGUUAAGCUGACGAGGGAAAUCUUCGCUCAGGAAGCCUUCGAUGAGUUCCGGGGCCCUGAGGUUCUGCCGGGCCCCGCGGUCCAGUCCGACGCUGAGAUCGACGCCUUCGUGCGGCGUAAAGCGGACAGCGCCUACCACCCGUCCUGCACCUGUAAGAUGGGCGCCCCGGGGGACGGGGGGGCGGUGGUGGGGCCGGACCUGCGGGUGCACGGGCUCCAGGGCCUUCGGGUGGUGGACGCCUCCGUCAUGCCCAGCAUGCUCAGCGGGAACCUCAACGCCCCCACCAUCAUGAUCGCGGAGAAGGCGGCAGACGCCAUCAAAGGCCUUCCCUCGCUUCACGACCCGGGGGUUCCCGUUUACCGGCCCGCCAGUCUCCACAUGCAGAGAUGACAUCAUCAGUCCCAUAACAUCCACACGCAGAGAUGACAUCAUCAGUCCCAUAACAUCCACGCGCAGAGAUGACAUCAUCAGACCAAUAACAUCCACGCACAGAGAUGACAUCAUCAGACCAAUAACAUCCACGCACAGAGAUGACAUCAUCAGACCAAUAACAUCCACGCGCAGAGAUGACAUCAUCAGACCAAUAACAUCCACGCGCAGAGAUGACAUCAUCAGUCCCAUAACAUCCACGCGCAGAGAUGACAUCAUCAGACCAAUAACAUCCACGCACAGAGAUGACAUCAUCAGACCAAUAACAUCCACGCGCAGAGAUGACAUCAUCAGACCAAUAACAUCCACGCGCAGAGAUGACAUCAUCAGUCCCAUAACAUCCACGCGCAGAGAUGACAUCAUCAGACCAAUUACAUCCACGCGCAGAGAUGACAUCAUCAGUCCAAUAACAUCCACGCACAGAGAUGACAUCAUCAGACCAAUAACAUCCACGCACAGAGAUGACAUCAUCAGACCAAUAACAUCCACGCGCAGAGAUGACAUCAUCAGUCC